GAGAUUUGACGUUUCGUCUUUCGCUCUCCGUAUCAAAAUGUUGGAAUUGAAGUCUUAAAUGUGUUUAUUUACUUUUAUGAAUAAAAUAUGUCGGAAUUCACAAUAAAUGCAAUCUGCAACAUUCUCGUUGCUUGUUGUAUGUCUAACUUUUAUGGGAAAUCGUGAAAAAUUACAUCAGUUCAGUGUCUUGCAUGUCCUCUUUAAUUUCUUAACUUUUUGAGAAUAAAAUUGUAUCUGUGGGACUAAAUCUAAAUGGAAUAGGAGAUCAUUCUAUCUAGUUUCAACAUUUGGAUAUAAAAUGUGUGAUCUGUUUUGGAAUUUGAGUUAUAUUUCUUCGAUAUAUUUCGCAAUUUGAUCUCUGUUCAAAAUCGGAAUAAUCUGUGUGAAAAUGAAUAAAUAUUUCAUUUAUUGUGAUAUUUGCUAAAGUGUGCGUUCUAUAACUACCAAUAUUUUGAAAACUAUAGUUUAAUUUAUAUAAAUAAAAAAAGUUAUGAUGAAUUUGAUUUGGCGGCUAUAUUUUUGAAGUGUUUUGGAGAAUUAAUAAGUUUGAACUAAAAUGGUUACGAUGAACUCUUCGGAGAAGGCGGCACAGAAGGCCUGUCAACAAGGCCCAUCAAGGGAUAAUUCAAAAUAUGUCAAAGAAGAAAAAGAAAAGGAGAAGGAUAGAGAUAAAAAAGACGCGGCCAGUCUACCGAAAGGAGUUCAGGCCCUCAUGUCCACUAUACCAUCGCCGGAGGAGUCGCCCAACUACCUUAUAUACAAGAAGAUGGAGGCAAUAAUUGAGAAAAUGCAAGACGAGAAUACAGGAGUGCCAGUCAGGACUGUGAAGAGUUUCAUGACCAAGAUACCAUCGGUAUUCACAGGGUCUGAUCUGGUGGCGUGGUUGGCGCGCCACCUGUCCCUCGAAGAGUCUUGGGAGGCCCAGCACUUGGCGCACCUAUUGGCUGCCCACGGUUACCUGUUCCCUAUCGACGACCAUUGCUUGACUGUGAAGAAUGAUAACACUUAUUACAGAUUCCAGACUCCAUAUUUUUGGCCGUCGAAUCAGUGGGAGCCAGAGAACACCGACUACGCCGUGUAUCUGUGCAAGCGCACGAUGCAGAACAAAGCACGCUUAGAACUGGCCGAUUACGAAGCGGAGUCGCUGGCUAGACUUCAGAAGAUGUUCAGCAGGAAAUGGGAGUUUAUAUUUAUGCAGGCGGAAGCCCAGAGCAAGGUCGACAAGAAGCGUGACAAACUGGAGCGUAAAGUGCUUGACAGCCAAGAGCGUGCCUUCUGGGACGUCCACCGGCCUAUGCCCGGAUGCGUCAAUACAACGGAGUUGGAUCCGCGCAAGCUGUCGCGCAUAAACGCUCUCAAAGAGAGGCGGCUGAGGCAGGCGCAAGAGUUGAUAUUGCAGCACAAUCUGAAGAAUAACCCAAUAGUGACUAUAACCAACCCGCAAGAGAGUGAAGACGAAAUACAGAAGAAGACGGACACUGUCAAGGAGAACGGAGAAACAUCUCAAGACGAGGUGGCCAUAGUGUGCGCGCCAGAGACAACACAGCCGAGCAUAGACAAGCAGAUUGAGGCGGCCAAGAGGCAGCUCACUAUGCUCAGGGCCAGACUGGAACGGAGGAACGUGAAAGUCAGCAAGGUUGCCGAGAUGUUCAUAGCUUAUUGCGAGCAGUACGCUGAGUACGACGCGUUCCUGACUCCGCCCGAGUGGCCCAACCCGUGGAUCAGCGACACCACGGAACUGUGGGAGCAGGAGAAACAAUGCAAGGACCCGCUGCCGCUGCGGCGCGUGCGGCGCUGGGCGUUCGGGCUGCGCGAGCUGCUGCAGGACGCCGCGGGCCGCGACCACUUCGCCAGGUUCCUGAGCAAGGAGUUCAGCGGCGAGAACCUCAGAUUCUGGCUAGCUGUGCAGGAGUUGAAGGCGCUCCCGAUACGUCGAGUGUCGACCCGGGCCAAGGAGAUUUGGAAGGAGUUCCUCGCAUCAGAUGCGCCGUCGCCGGUCAACAUCGACGCGGCCAGCAGAGAACUGACAAGAACGAAAGUGGAAUCUGGAACACCCGACAGAUACUGUUUCGAUCAGGCGCAGGCGCACGUGUAUCAUCUCAUGAAAUCCGACAGCUAUUCCCGUUACCUCCGCUCUGAGAUGUACAAGGAUUACCUCAACGGCUCCAAGAAAAAGACCUCAGUCAAAGGGAUCCGAUCGAUUGUGUCCUUCACGGCGAGAAAGGAGACGUCGGCGAAUUGAAUACAUCACCCUCUUUUGCGGCAAGCGGGUCAAAUUGGUUGUGUCAAUGGAAAACAGUGUUAACACGUGCAAGAUUUUUUUUUUUUCAAGGAAAUUUACAAAAUUUAAUGAUGUAUUUUCUUUUACAAUGGUAAAUUGUGUUUUUUUUUAUAAGUUAUCACUUUUAUAAGUUAAAGCUGAAGAGUUUGUUUGUUUGAACGCGCUAAUCUCAGGAACCACUGGUUCGAAUUGAAAAAUUCUUUUUGCGCUGAAUAGACCAUUUAUCGAGGAAGGCUUUAGGCUAUAUGUGUAUGUAUAUAACAUCACGCUGCAACUAUAAGGAGCAAAUAAAUAAUGGAAUAUGUAAAAAAACGGGGAAAAUUAUUCAUCCUUGAGAGCUUCAAUGAUGCCCAAAAUAACUAUUCCACGCGGAUGAAGUCGCGGGCACAGCUAGUGUUAUUAUGGCGGGAAAAAUAAUUGAGCGGUUGACCCAAUCAGAGCGCGCGAUUUGAACUCGCGAUCUAAACUGUCCGCCAUUGUGAGCGAGAUAGCAGGAGACAUUUUGCUUUUGGAUUUUGCGUUUAAUACAGUUGUAAUAAGGCCGUUAUUUCAUUGAGUUCUCAUUCGGUUGGAUUGGGCGGUAGGUUGCGCUGGUAUUCUGCGCAGGCGACUUAUAAAAGUGAUAGUGUUUUAUAAACUUACAGUAUUUAAUUUAAUAGUUGUGAAAACUACAUCAAAAUCGGUUGCGUCGUUUAAAAUAAGAAUGUUUAGAAAAAGACAGUUUGUUUUAAAGUGAAAAUUCUCAAAUUUAUACAAUCUUUUGUAGGUUGUGUCAUUGGCAGAAAUUAAAUUGAAAUUUUUAACUUUAAAAUAACUUCAGUUGUCCAGUUUAAAAUAACUAGGUCACUCAAAAAUAUAAUUUAGUAUUCAGAGACGCUAAUUUAAUUUUGUUUUUUAAAUACAUUGAUCGAUUGAUUGUGAAACUGUAAACUAAACAUUUCAUGAAAUCAAUUACCAAAAACUGUUAUUUAAUUCAAAACUGGUAGAGUAAAAUCACGUCAACUUAUUUAUUAAGUUCUUAUUUUUUAGUUUUUUUUUUAUUUUUAAUAUAUUUAAAACUUCAUUCGAUUUUUAUGGUGCCAUACUUUUUUUUUCCCACCAAAAUGAACCUUAUGCACCGGGUGAGAAGGUGCGUACAGAUAUUAUGUAUACGUGCACAUUUUCUGAAAUUGUUUUAGAACUUUACAACAUAUAACAAUACUUUUUUUUACCAAAGUUUUGAAAAGGGUAGGAGAGAAAACUGCUCGAUUAAAAAAUAUAUAAAACAGUAUUUAAUAUAUUCAUCAGUUUCCUUUAGUAUCUGCGGUAUAGCAUUUUGUCAAAAUUAAAUCCUUAUUGUGUCAAAUUAAAAAUAAAAGCUGCCCGACCUUACUUUAUAUUUUUUUUUUAUUAGAUGAACAAAGUUUUAGAAAUUAAAAAAAAGUAUUUCAACUGCCCGACCUUUAUUUUUUAAGUAACACAAAUACAUAUUUUAGAUUUAAAAAAAAACAUUUUUUUCCAAAUAGGAUUUGUAAAUAAUAAUUGUUUCUAGAUAAUAGACAAUACAUUAAUGUUAUGAUGUAUGAUAAUUUGUAGGUUAUAUAAAGCAUUAUUAUGGGAUGUAAAAAAUAUGUUUUUCUUUUCAAAUUAGAUGUUUAGAUGUCUUUUUUUUUAAUUAGAAAUAUUUUUUACAUCGUGUAUAAAAAAUCCAAAUGAUAUUACAUUAAAUGUAUGUAAAAAAAGAAUGCAUAUUUAUAUCUAUCCGCGUAUUCAUUAUAGAUAUUAUAUAUCCUUAUUAAAGUGUUUUAUCCUAUAUAUUUAAUUAAUAGAUAUAUAAUAAUAAUAAAACGCACUUCUUCAAAAUGCUUAUUAAAUAAGAUUUAGAAAUUAUUUCUAGUACAAGUUUGUGUUUUCAAAAUUGAGAUCUGGAAAUCCUAUACUAAUAUGUACUCACUUUUAAACUGCGAAAAAUUUACAAAGUAUUUUUUUUUUAUUGUACUUUAUCGCACAAAAAAAUAGCAUAUAAUUCCGAAGCGCUGUGCAUCUUAAAUUUAGAUGACAAAUGAAAAUUAAAAAAAUAAAUUAUAGAUUUCCUUGUUGUUAUUAAAUUAAAUGUAUCAUCUGUGAAUUUGUUAAUAACAAUUGAAUUGAAAGAAUUAAGGUCUCAAACCAAAAAAAAAAAAUACAAAACUUUUGACACUGAUUAUUUUAAAAUGUGGAUAUCUUCUUAUUUCCGUUUAAACUUUGUUCUGAUUAAAGUUGUUUAUUGAUUUUUCAUAUUAUGAAAAAGAUUUUAAAAUCGUGGGAGACUUAAGUUUACAACGCUUAAAUCUCACAUUAUCUCUUUUUCUUUUUCGCUUAACUCUUAGUUAGAGAGAAAGAGAAGGAUUGUAAGACACACACACAUAUGUAUAUGUAUAUGUUCUUGAAUAACGUAACUUUUGACUCGCUUUCAAUUCAACUGACAUUAAACAUAAUUUGUAAUCUUUGCUCUCUUAUAUAGAAUCCAAAAAAAUGCCAAAUUUCUAGAGACUGUAUAUUUGAUUACAUUAAUUUAGAUAAUUAUUUUUUAAAUAAUAUUCUUUAGUCGGAUAAGUUUUUUUUUAUAUUUUUCUGUGCAAUGGUGACUAGAUGGAGUGGCAAGUGUUCGCGUGGUUGGUUGUAGAAAUUUCUAGUAACUUAGGGCAAACUUUUUGUUAAAUAUUUAAGUUUGAAAUAGUUAUCCUCCCCCAAUUGGAAAUUAUUUAAAAAAAACCUUUACAAAAAUACAUAAAAUACUGUUGUCUAUUGAAAAUUGAACUUUGAUUACGCAUUCUGUUAGUGUUUUUCAUAAAUAUAAAAAGUAUUGCCAAAUUUUUUUUGACAGAUUUACAAUGUACGCAUUUUCUUUUAUUUUUUACUUAGAAUAAAUAUAACACUUUUCUUUAAAGUCAAUCAACUUUUCUUCUAUGUGCCAUUAAAAUUGUCUAGUCGCCAUAUAUAAUUGUGUCAUAAUUAUGACCCGGCAAACAGAAAUUGUCACAUUUGACUCUCUUCACUGUACACGCCAUCUUAAUUUCGGGGCCACAAAAAUGUUUAAUCUCUUAAGCGUAGUUCAUUAAGUUAAAAUGAUUUAGCUGUUUAGCUUUAAAAAAUUCCGUGUGAUAGAAUAAUAGAUAGUGGCGACAUCUAUACUUUAUUUACUAGUUCCCAAAGAGUCGAAAAGAGAAAUAAAAAAUGAAAGGCAGAAAAAUUGCAGAAUACAUUACAUAUUAAAAAACAAUAAUAAAAAUCUAGCCAUAGAGUACAGAUGUCGCUAUAGUCACACCAGAUUUUAGGGGUUAUUUUCGCGAUUACCGCACAAAAAGUGUAUUAAUUUAAGGUUUUAGUUACAUCUAGAACUCUGUAAAAGUAAAUAGUAAAAUUACGUUUAUUCCAGACAAACCAUAAGCCCCUUUUACUAUACUAUAGUAUUCUCUCUCGAAUUUUCUUAAGCUACGGAUGUGAAUUCAGUGAACGCAAAAAAUAUGGCAUGGUGGGAUGCGACAAUAAGGCGGAAGGUGCUGCACAGAUGCAAAUGGGGUGUGGCGACAUCACUGACGUCACACGCCAUCAACCAAUCACAGCGAGGAAUAUGACUCGCUCAGCCAAUAGCAGCGCGAGUCAAUGAUUUCACGCACUGAAACAUAAAUACAACGUCUAACUCAACAUCGUCUCUCGCGCGGUUUCCCAGCUUGGAGGAGAGCUUCCUUUUGUUGGCGGUCGAGCCCGAACCAUUGCUACCUCUGUAGGGGCGUUAGCUAUCAUUUUAUUCAAUUUGAACUGCAGGGUACUUUAAAUUUGACUUCAAGAAUGCCAUGAGGAUUGUCAAAAAUUGAUAAUCGUAUCGUGUCUUCGCUGACUCUAUGUCCGUAGCUAGGACCACAGAGCACAAACGCUCAGAGUUCUAGAUCUGUGCUAGUUUAAGACUACUUGUCUGUAUCACAAUUGAACCAAAGCUGUUACUUGUAAAAUGUACGUAGUAAAAAACGCUAUUAAAUUAUCAAAUAAAGUAUUUUUUCUUUCGAAAAUAGAAGCCGAUGAUUAAAUUUGCAUUAAAAUAUACAUACAGUUGUUUUGUUAUUUACUUCUGAAAUCAAAUAUAUAAAUAUAGAAAAUCUUAAAUGUUAAUCCAGGCAGGUGCAGGCGACCCUUAAGAGUAAAAUGUUAAUUUUAUUAUGUUCUCCUACCGUAAGUGUGUACGUACAUAAAUAAUUAAAUUAGUUUGUUUAGAUGUCUCUUAAUACGCAUAUUUGUGUAAUGACUGUAUAUUUGUCGAAUUAUGUCAACAUUUGGGUAUUUUUCUUUGCUUCACGUUUAUCACAACAAAUAGAUUAUUCUAGUAAAAAAAUAUAAGUAGGCCACAUAAACAGACAGCUAUAAAAACUAUAUUGAUUUUAUUUUUAUUUAUAUUAAGUAAAAAAUUAACACACAGUAAUCUUCUAUUUUAGGAUUGUAUUAAUUCAUUCGUAUCUUUUUCAUAUACAUGUUGACUGUACUCGUGAUUCGAAAGUGUUUCAAAGCUAUUCAAAUUCAAAAUAAAAUUAUUUUUACUCAAAAAACCUCGAAAAAAAUGUUGACACAAUAGGCUAUUUGACUGUUUUUUCAGUUGGUUCUAAAUAGUUCAUAUUUGUUAUUUUAUACCAAAAAAUAUAUAAUUAGGUACAUUUUUAAAUACCUUUAAAAGUCAUAAAAACUUUUUUUAAAUCAUAUUUUUCCAUAAUGACCGAAAACGUUGUCGGCCAUGUUAGUCUAUUUAUUAUCUGUGCUCUGACGUCAUAGUAUUAAAAACAAACAUUUGACUUGACCGGUUUUGUUAACGUACAAUUUCUUUAGUUUACAUUUUGUGUGACGUCACAUCACGACAUGCGUUUUUAACGUUACAGAUUAAAAAUAAAAAAUCACAUUUUAAAAGUAAUCUCGUGGUCAUAUUUAAAAAAAAUGAUAUUUUUUGAUUUCCUAAGCUUAAUGUAAUAAUAAACAUUCAUUUUAAAUUUGAAAUUCAUUAUGAGUCAAGUAUUACCCUAUUCACUAACAUAAAAAAAUAUAUAUAUAACCAAAAAAAAGAGUUAUUUUUUUCAAUUUUUGAUUCAUUGUCUCUAAAAAAAUAUAAUCUUAAGCGAAGUAUUACACUUUUCAAAUUGAAAUUUCUUUUUUUUUCUCUACACAAACUUACAUCAAAAUAUUUACAGAAAAGUUAACUAUGCAAAGUAAGUUUGUGAGAGACUGGUGUCUGAACUAAGCUUAGGUAUUUUAUAAAAUGAAAAACAGUUUUGAUUUGAAUAUUAUAAUUUUACAUAAUAUUGUAUCAUGAGCACAGACUAUUAAUAAAAGAACGGCAUUUAUUUAAAUUAAACUUGUCUUGCAUAUUUCUAAUAGCUAGCUGUCCCUUUUUUUAUUAUUGUUGUCCAUUGUUUACAUAAAACAAGUCAAUAUUAAAACCGCUGGUCGGAUGGCUGGUCCAUUAUCAGAUCUGAUGUACACAAAUAUGUGUAUUUAUUAUUGUUAAAUUGUAAGAAAUAUUUGCACAUUCACAGAAUCCCAUGGCGUAUUUGAGCAAAAGGUCUGUAAUCAGUGUAGCCAACCCCUCUGUUUUGACAUCCAAAUGUGCAGUUUUUUAAUCAUUGUUGUAAUUUACGAAGAAUUUCAUGCACUAAUCAACUAAAAAAUUCUCAUUCUGUGAACAAAAUCAUUUCAAAUAUGAGUAUGAACCCGAUGUCUCGAAACCGUUGGUACAAUUUUCAAAGGAACUGAGUUUUUUUUUAAAUUCUGAUCUACAUUUUUUUCGUUGGGGUUGGCAACACUGGCUGAGAUCACCUGAUUACAGUAUCAGCCUUUGAAUGAGUUAGCAAAAGUGCAACUAUAUCUUAUUCUAUAAGGUUCUUUUUUAUCGUACGUAAAAUCUCAAUAAUAUUAGCAGUGGAAUGUAAGAGUUUAGAGUCGAGUCUAGUUACAGCAUUUAUGUAUGUCAUUAGAAAAAUGUGAAUUCGCUUCAAAAUAAAUCAUUGAUAAUUGAAAAUUUUCGCUACUUUAUGUUUGUCAUUAAAAGCUUAUUUUCGAUUUGCGUCCAAAGAUGUAAUGUCAGGCAUGUAAAUGAUCAUUUACAUGCAGUUUUUUUAAAGGUUUAAUUAUGCUCCAAAUUUUGCGUGAUUUUUUUACAUGCUCUAUCAUUGAAAGUGUCGUAGAAGGUACUUAAAGGAAAAAAUCGCCAACUAAAGCUAGAUGUAAAAAGCUGGUUGAUAAGAGUAAAGGCUUUGUUAUCAAUAUAGCAUGUAAAUAUCACUUACAUGCCGACUUUAGCAUGCAGUCGGGAAUGAUAAGAGAAAUAACAGAAUUAUGAUUGAUUUUGAAGCUGUUUUUAUUUUAUUUAUUUAAUAUAGGAAUAGUUUUAGUUUCGUGUUAAUGUUAAAUAUGGAAUCAUAUCUCUCAUUUGUGGGGUGUAUAUUUAAAAAGAGUUAUAACCAAAGUUACAAAAAUUAAUUUAAGAAUGCGAAAGUAUUACGUCACAAUUAAUAUCAGUACCUACAUUUAUUACAUCUUUAUUAUAUACAUUUUUUUUAAAUAUUUUUAUAUUAUGUACUUUUUUUCCUAUUAAUAAAGAAAUUAUUCUGAAAAAAAAUCGCAGGUUUUGUUGAUAAGUCUUUUAUGCCUUUCAGUUCUUUCGAGACUUUGCUCCUCCAUGUUAUUAUAUGUUGAUACAUACAUACAUAUAAUAACAAAGCACGUUCGUAGUCAGUCCAUCUAUACCUUUUUUUUAAUUGAUAUAGUCUUGUACAUCAAGGAAUAUAUAUAAGAAUAAAACUUAAAAUAAAGAGAAAUUCAAUACAAGGACACUACUUAUUUCUUCUUCUUCUUUUUCAGAAAAUCUUUAGUUUAAGGUUGAAUGGAAGAGAUUGCUUUAGCGAUAAGUCCGCCUUUGUACUAUCUCAGUCUGUUUUGUAUGUUUUACUCUUAUGGUGCAAUAAGUAAUUUUAACAUCACCACAGGCUAAUUUAAUUGCUAUUAUUUGUAUUUUUUGCUUUUUUUUUGGGACUUUUUUCAUAUACGCCCCAUGAAAUUCUUUAGUCUCUGUAUGUAUAGGCAUUAUUGUGUACCAAAGCGUGUAAUGUGAACGGAGAAGGUCUCACCUUCAAUGUUCUGCGGUAAUGACGCAAAAUUAAACUAUUUUAAAAAUUAA